AUGCUGUCAAUACUCUACAACAUCAUCCACUUGUUAGUCCGAACUUGCAUCCAGACGUUCAUAUUCACACACAGUGCUCUACAACCCUUGGCGUACGCCAUCUCAUCUGUGCUUCUGUGUGACAUGCACUUCUUGAAGACAGGUGCCGCAAUCGCAGCUAGCUUCCCACUUUCAUCAUUGAUGACGACCGAUGACCCAAACAGAUUACAAUACCUCGCUGGCCCAGCUUUUGCUUUGGGCAUGGCGAAAGCAUUGACAAAUGCAGCGGAGAAAAUAGUCCAACACCUACUGAUCUCUCCUCCCGAGCAGAGUGAGACAGAAACAAAUACGCGGGUUGGAAUGCAUAUUUUGGUAGUGAUCCUCGCGAUUACCUUUUGUGUGGUAGCUAUGAUACCAGGAACCAUAGUUUUGACAGUAACUGAAGCAAGUCUCUUGCCUCCUGGAUUGGAGACAUUGAUUCCGUCUGCGACCAAAGGCCGUGGGAUGUUGGUGAGCGAGCUGCUUGGUGGAUGCGAAAUACCUUCUGGCUUUGCCGGAUGGGUUACUAUCAUGAAGCCGUACCGUGUGGCUCAAAUCAUAUGGCUUAUUGGACUCCACCUCCAAAAGUGCCAUUUGCAUGUCCUGGUUGAGCUGGUCACCUCCUUCAUUCUUCUAGCCGUGAUUGCAGGGUAG